CGGAGGUCACUGCGGGCGCUGAGGGGUGGCGGCGGGAAGCGGAGCGGCAGCCGGGGUGAGGGCCGAGCCGAGCGGGUCCCUGUGCCCGGCCGCUGGCGUGCUUCUCCCGGGGCCCUCUGGCCAUCCGCCCCGGGGGCGGCGGUGGGGCCCUCGGGGCUGUGCUGGCCCCGGGGUGAGCCCGCUCUCCUUCCCGCCCAGGGCCGAGCAGGGGAAGAGGAGCUCGGUUUCCUGAGGUUGAUAUUUUUGCCUCGGCCCCGCUCUCCAGAGGAAGGUCUCUUGCUUGCUGUUGGACUUCGACAGACCUAAUCUGUGAAGAUAAUUAAAGUUCCUUUGCUCUGAAUGCUCUAAAAAGCUUGAUAAUGGCCCCACUACCGAAUGCUGAAUUAGUUCAGAACUCUUUGCAGUUAUAUCGUUACCUGCUUCGAUGCUGUAAGCAACUUCCUGAAGAGAAUAUUCGUCAGCAUUACAGACAUGCAGUCAGGCAGAGUUUCAAAGUUCAUGCCGAUGAAGACAAUCCUGAGCGAAUCCAGCAGAUUAUUAAGAGAGCCAUUGAAGAUGCUGACUGGGUCAUGAAUAAAUAUAAAAGACAGAAGUAGAAGAGGAACAAUGAAGACAAGAAUGUAAUUGUUCAAGAAGGAAAGCACCAAGGAGCUGGAAGGUGCAACCACGGCAUGUCUGCAGCUCCAAAUGUCUGAGGUGCCAGCUGAGAUAUGGGAACAUCAGACCAAAGGUAUGAUAGAUGUAGCUGAUAUGGUAGGACCGGGGUUUGUGAAUUUUAGUCUUUGGAUACUGGUAGAGCAUGCAGUUUUUAGCAGGGUACAGUGGGGGAACAUGGUUGCUGGGGCAAGAGACACCAUGACUAAAUAUUUUGACAAUAGUGAUUCAGUUGUAGGGCAUGAUGAGAUGUCAGAGUCUUUUUUUUUUCUUUUUUUUUUAUACAAACAAUCUUGUUCUCAAAAUAACAAACCUUUUCAUAGAAUGGAAAUAUAAUGUGAAGAUAACUUUAUUUUCUCUGUUAUGGAGCAAAUAAUUUUCUUGGUGGUGGGGAGACACAAUGCAAACAACUAUUUACUUCCUUGUAAUAGUGAAAGUAACCCCAAUGUUUAAGACAGACAUGUUUCUCUAAUGACUGGGCUGAAGAGUCAUUCAGCUGCAUAGCUGAGGCUUUUAUAUUUUCAAGACAUCAUACAAAUUCUGUUCUUCAGCAGCAUAAUUUGAGACCAAAGAUAUAUUAUUAGCCUAGAUGUAGAUGAGAACCUGAAACUCUGAAAAGGAAUUUAGGCAGACCUUCAAUACUUUCAACCAAAAUUAUUAUCCAGAAAACUUCUACUCAGAAGUCAUCUAAUCAUGGAGUUGCCCUAGUUUACCACUCACUAACCUGAGAGUUAUACAGUAAAUUGAGUUUUCUUCAUUAGUAUCCUGGGUCACCUUUGUUUGAGCAGCUCUGCCUCUCUGCCACCCAGCCUUGCUUGAGACUGAAGAACUGUUCUCUGUUCCACCAAUGUCUUCAUUUGGUGUAAUGCCACUAUGCUAAUGAUUAGCUGCCAGUGGCUCUAACAGGGCCCACUGUGGGAAAGACUUACACAGUCGCAGGCAUAACUUUAUUCCCGCUGCUCACAGGGGAGCACUUCGUUGGUCAGUCUCCUCCAUGGUUCUCUGGUGGCAGUUGCAAAGAAAACACCACCAAAUAGUUUGGUGCAUCUGUGUUUCCACAUUCAGUCAUCCAGAAUUUCUGAAAAUAAAGAUGUUGGGUGCAAAUUAAGUAAUAGGGGGUAAAAGAGUGUGUUGUAUACUGUAAUUACUAUUGCAAAGUUUAAAAGAAAAAAGCUCACAGAGCUUAUUAAACUGUUGGUGCAACAAAGGAUAAAGUCAGUAAAAAAGGACAAGCCUAUUCUAUUCAUAGGGUUUAGUUUCUUUUUACUGAAAUGAGGAACCCACUUCUGUACUUGUAUAUCAUGUCAGUUCUGGUAAGUAAUUGUUGGCCCCACUGAUAAGCAUUCACUAUAGUAAGCAUUCAGUUACCAGCAUCACAUUCAGCGUGGAAUAUUAUCACCUGACACUUCAUUAGCCUGAGGAUUUUAAUUGUGUUUACACAACUGUAAUAACUACCUUCUGGUAAUAAGUUUUGCAGCUGGUUACUGUAAGACCUGAGUCAAUAACUUCUAAGUACUCCUCUACAAUUAGAAGAGUUGAGUGGAAUUAAUUGUUCAAAGGUUGUGUACAGACAACUCUGUCAGUUAAGCUAGAGAGAGGGUUUCACAGGCAGCUUGUUAUGCAAGGCAAACAUUAGAACAAGGAAAAGGCAGUUGGGAGACUUCUGUUUAAUAGUUUGGGAUCAUGCUUUUAAUUCUUGAAGUAUGGAGAAACAGAUUAUUUAGAUCACGUUUUAGCUAAGGAAAAUUGAGAAAAAAGUUCUUAGUUAUUAGUUCCAGGUUAUAGAGUUACCAACGUUCAGUUUAAGGACAGAACCAAAUUUGGUGCUAUACUUUCUUUUGUAUAUAUACAUUUAUAAAACAUUAGGAACCUAAAGCUGAAAUUGUGUGGAAAUAAUCUGUACAUUACAAAUAUGGAAGUAACAUAAUUGGAACAAUGGCAGUGGGUUAGUCUAUGUGUUUUGUUUUGUGCAUAGGUUCUUGCUCUUAAGCCCACAGACAAAUGUCAGAGUCUACUUUUGUUAUUACCAGCCUUGAAGCCUCGAUGUAGAAGCUUUCUGCGUAGUGAAAAUCUUUCCUUUUUUUUUUUUUUUUUUUGUUCAUAUAAGAUUUUGGUAUGGGAAAGAUUGUAAAUUUGUGGUUUAUCUAAAAUACAGGGUAGUAUUCUGCACUUCACAUGGUUAAAGAGAUGUAUAUAUUUCUGAUCACAUUCUUAUGUCAGAAGUGUUACUGAUUUCAAUUCACUCUUGUCACUGGAAGUCAUUUGAGCCCUGUGGGUACUGAAUAGAAUACUUCCAUCCCCAGCCAGGCUUUGCUUAGCACCUUUUGUCAAUAAUUGAAUAUUCUUUAAACCAUUCUUUAGCUUUAGCACUUUGUAAACUCUUUUUCAUUUGGUUCAUUAUGUCACAGGCAUUGCCUUUUGAUUAGAGACACAUGAGCUUAAGAAUUUGAUGCUAAACAAAAACAUCUCUUCUACGGUGUUCGGCUCAUUUUCAAAUGUUAUAAGGAAGCAACUUUACUGCGAUACUGUAAAGAACAAGUAAGCACAGUAUUUCUGAGAGAAACAAAUAAUAUUCACUGUGAUCUUUUUUUAAGGGACACAGUUUCUUAUUUGAGAAUAGCUUUUAACUUGGCAUUACAAAUUGUGCCUUCAUAUAAAGCUCUGAUAAGAUGCAAACCGAACAGGCAGCACAGUGGCUGUGAGUCUUAGACAUUCAAUAUCAUAAUAUUAAUUCAUUAUGAGAGUCCUUGACCUUAAACUGUAAGAACGAGUCUUUAGAGCUUUAUGAUCCACAGUGUAGUGUCCAUCAGUGUCAUCCAAAAUAGCAUAUGUUUAUUUGAAAUGUGCGAGUAGUCUCUCUGUCAAGAACUGUGUUGUAAAGCAAGUCAAUAACACAUGAAAAUGGCUUGACACUGUACUGUGCUGCCCAUUUGGUCAGUUGCUUUACUGCAGUCUGUCUUACUGUUCAGAGGUGAUGUAUUUCUUCUUGAAUAUGAGCCAGCUGGUGCAUCUUUCAACUUUUCUAUUAUUUGAUUAAUUUAUCUUAUACUUCUGUCAAGCCAGGUUUUAUGAAAUAGUGUUAACUGAAGUAUACUCUAGUCAUCAAGUACUCCUUUCAGCUUGUGAUUAAUCAGGGCAGACACAUUAACUUUUAAAAAAACCUGUUCUUUGAAGAAUAUUUUCUGUUUUCCUCAUAAUUGUGUUUGAUAUUUGAAAUAGUUUUUAAAAGUUUAGAAGCAGAUGCAGGCAUCUGUCACUUGCAGCUAAGAGCUUAAAAAUGUUUGUAUUUAUCAUUGAUUGGAGAGGUUCCUGACAUUGCACACUUAAGGGAGUAAUCCUGCACACUUAAGUAAACUAGUAGAUUAUGAAAAGGAUAUUGUCCUCACCUAUGAAUUGAGAGGCUGAAAAAGUUAACUUCCUUCUUCUGUAACUAUCAACCUGGGUGCCUUUUCCCCCAGAAGAAUCUGCCUUCAUAUUCUGCAUUAAUCCAUUUUGAAAUGGAUUAACUUAAUUUUUUUUAAAAUCAGUAAUUUCUGAGACAACUUUGGGUGCUUUACUACCUCAUAUAAAAUAUUUUCUUUCAGAUGCUGCCCCACAACAUUAGAUUGAACAGCCUUAUUACUUGUGUGCUUCCUUUUGCUGGGGUUCAGCUUCAUCUGUUUAAAAACUAGUGCACUUUGUCCUUUUAUUAUUACAGCUUAUCUUUUGCACAGUCUUUAGUAUCCUUCUUGAAAGAACUUUAAAAAUGCUGGUGUUUUGAUUAACAUUUCCUGCCAUUCUACAGAAUGGAUUUUAAAAGAUACAAAAUUGACAAUAAAUUCUUGUAACUGAUUAGGUUGACUCAUGUUCUUGUUAGGUAACAUCACACAGGAUCUGGGAUUUUCUCAGUUUUACUUUUAAUUUUCUCAGUAGUCAUUUAAUCCACAAAGUCAGCUGUAUCUCAGAUGGUAUGAAACAAGGAACAAGGAAAACUGUGUUUCAAAACAAACGUCAGACAGAAGUUAGUAGUCUGGAAAAUAUUAUAUCAUGAUGGCAGACACAGGCAAAGGCUGUAUUUGCUGGCAGCACCUCCCUCAUACUCACCAAUCUGAGGACUGAUUUUUUUGCAUGCCUAAAAAUAGAGUAUUUAGUUUUCCACAGUUGUGCAACUGCAAGGACUGCUUUCUCUUUUAUUUUCUGUUUUUCCUCCUCUUUUUGGAGGUCACAAAAUGGUGUGUUUAACCACAGUUUACAGUACAGAGUGCAAACACCUCUUGAGUCUUGGAGACUUCUCUCCCUGAAGAGCUCUGUAGAGUUUGUCCUCUCUUACCUGGAAAUAUUUCACAGAGUAGCUUGCAGCUUUAUGGUGAAGAUUUUCAAAAGUAAUUCUCAGAUUCGUUUUAAUUGCUUAAUUUGUGAGAACUUAAAAAUUAUACUUGGUGAUAGUCUUACGUGUUUCACUGUGUUGCCGUAUAACCUCAGGAAAAUAAGAUCACUUCUUUGGACUGCUAUUUCAUACUCUGUCUUGUCUGUUUGGAUUACGUGCAAGGGUUUCUGGUUCACUAUCUUCCUAGUGAUGCAUACUCGUAACUAUAAUUAACAAUUGGCUUGUUGUGGGCAAGACAAGAGUAAACAACAACUUAUAGUGGAUCUCAAUACUGGGGUUUUUUUAAGAACCAAUGAGAGCUCUUAACCUACCUGAUUCUCUCACAUACUCAUUCAUUCCCACUCCCAGUAUUGUGUUCACCAUCUUCCUUUAGCCUGAUGAUUUCAGUGUACAGAGCACCUCUCUGGUUGGGACUUUGUUGGCAAGUAGCAGUAAAAUGGUUAUUCCCCUACUAGCAUGACUCUGAAUUAGGAAGGUACUAAAAUGGUAAUUAUUAUUUUACAAUUAUUUCAGAAACACGGUUUAAAAAUAUAGAGAUCUCCAAAUUCUGCUCCCAACUGACGUAAUACAGCCUAUAGCAUCUCACAGUUACACUAUACCAAGUCUGGUAGUUUCUAAUUGAUUAAAUGCAGUGAAAAGGCAUCCAGUGUGUAUUAUCAAACUGAAGAGAUGGAGAGCCAAUCCCUGUCCUCUAUAACUUGUUCAUUAUCCUCAAAGUUAAUUCAUAAGUGAAGGUGCAGGUUUUAUAGCUGAUGUAAUAAUACAAAGAAUGUAUACAAUAUGAGUGGUAUUUAGCAUAAAAAUGAACUUGAAUGAAAUCCAUGUCUGGUUGAGAGAGGAACAGAACCAUAAACUCUUUCAUCUAACAAAGACGCUUUGAAAGGAACAGGUUUGGUACCAUACUGAACCUGUAAUCAGCUGACUUUAUUGUACUGUAUGUGUGGGGGAUUUUUUUAUUUACUAUUUAGAAAGUGUUUUCAAUUUUAUAAGUAUUUGAAAGAAAUCACAGAUCAUAAUUAUAUAACUUUGCUCUGUAGAACUCUGUAACACUCCAAGAACCUCUGGAAUUCAUAGGGACUGUCUGUUAAAAGAAAAGUUGGGAGACACAAAUCUUGCCUUUAUGGUCUAUUAAAUUCUGUCUUCGUCUAUAAGAACAAAGGCAUUCUAGAUAAUUGCUUAUCAGGAUGUUUACUUUUCAUACUGUUUAUGGGUUCUGAAUGCACCAUUUUUCACUACCUUGAAUACUUAGAGAAACGUACCAUGCUUAAUCAUGUUGUACCAGAAUUAAAGUGAAACAGUUUUGUUUAUCCAGCUUUACAAAGCGUACUCUCUGCAGUAGUCCAGAUGGGCUAAGUUCAAGAGGUGGAUCUGAUGUUGAGAAUGUAUUGGCCUUCAGCAGGUCAGCUUGGAGACUGGAAGCAAAGGCAUUACUCCUAGUUAUAACUGCUAAAUAAGGGGAAGGCAUAAAGAGGAUUCUGAAGUUUCUUUGACCACUAAUUUGUUUCUUUCAUUUCCCAUGUUUAUAUGUUCUUUUGGAAAAGUAAAUAUUAAAAGUUAUGCUGCUGUCUUCUGUGCUGAAGAACUGCAUUCUCUUUUUCUCGUUUUCAACUUUAUCAGAAUUAAAAUCUGCAGUCUAUUUAAAAAUUAGUUGAUGGAUUGCUGAUCAUUAGUUUAUACUGUGCUCAUUUGUGUGUAUCAACACUGACCUGGAACACCUCUUUGAAAAUGAUCACUCAUUCUCCAUGGUGCAUUCACUUCUGCUAAUUAAUCAAAGAUGGUGUGGUGUUCUAACUGGGUAGGAACUGAUUUGAGAUGAGGAACUUAUUACAAAAACCUACCAAAAUCAUGCAUGAGCUAUCAUUUCUUAGUUCCUUAUCCAGAGAUAUCAGGCAUUGUGUAGGCAGAAAGAAACCUUGGGUGUAUCAUUAUGUACUUGAGAAGUCAUCUUUCCUGAUAUGGUCAUUCUACCAAAUCAAGACAUUGUUAACUGUGAGGAUUUAUCUCUUAUCACUGGGAAGUCAUUUCAGGAUGCCAGUCAUCUGUCUUUCAUACAUGCAGAUUUGCUCUCCCAUUGAAAAGAAAUAGGAUUUCAAAAGCAAAAACAUGGGAGGAAAUCAGGAUCGGAGAUGUUAUGUUGGAUGAGGGUUUUGACGCUUUGUGGAAAUACAGGAAAUACUGAUCCCUGCGAGCCCUGCUAGGAAGAUGAACAACUCAGAUUCUAAUUAAUUCUUAGAAGCUGGUACAUGAGAGAAGGAAAUAACAUAGUGGUUUUCAGAUUGUGCUGGUCAAAGAGCUCUCUUGAGCUGCUUUAACCUUAUGGACAGUGUUGUAAAGUCACAGAAAAUUCCCAUUUACAUUCCUUUCUGCCAGGUUUCAGAUGACUAAGCCAAAACAAAUCAUCACAGAAACAAGAUGAGGCAAGAACAUGGUUUUGACCAAAAAUCUUACUAUUUCUGUCACUUAACAGUGAAGUACAGAGUCUACAUCAGCUCCUUUUGCUUUGGUGGCUGUGGUCCAAAUACCCCCUUACUGUGAUAGUUAGAUGAAGCAUUUAGACUGCAUGAAGUGAUUAUUUUGCAUCUUAUCCUAUGGGGAAUAGAGACAAAAAUUAUUAUGGAUAAUAAUAGCACCUGCUAAUUAAUCUGUAACAAUCCUUUGAUGUUUUUACUAGGACUGCUUAGUAUAGAUUAAACCCUAUGAUGUAACCCACUUUAUAAAGCCAUCUAUCACUUUCUAGAAUCUGACCUUACUAUGUAUCAACACAUGUUCUUCCAUAUCUCUAUUAUUUUUUACCUUUAAUAAGUGACUUUGCAAACUCCCAAGUGAUGUUCCCUCUUCCAAAUGCAGCUUCAAAGGCAAUCUUCUCUGUUAGCAUGGUCAAGAUUUGUGUAAAUAAGCAGUAUGUUUGCUUGCUGAAUGAAAAACAAGCUAAAUGGUGUGUCCCUAGCCUGGAAUUCCUAUAGAAAGAGAGUGAGGUAGGAAAAGCAGCGCAAUUAGAAUAUCUGCAUCUUUUACUGCUAGAAUAAUGUGUCCAGUUUGGGCCUCCAAUACAAGAAGAGUGGGUUCAGUGGAGGGCCACGAAGAUGAUCGAGGCUGGGGCAUAUGCCUCAUGAGGAGAGGCUGAAGGAACCAGGCUUGUUCAGCCUCAAGAAGAGAAGACCCAGGGGAGCUAAUCACAGCCUUCCAGUAACUUUAAGGAAGCCAUUAAGGAGAUGGAGCCAGGCUCUUCACAGUGGUGUAUGGUGGGAAGAUGAGAAGCAAUGGGCAGAAGUUGAAAUGAGAAGUCCAGACUGGGUAUAAGGAGAAACUUUUUCCCCAAGAGGACAGUCUAGCAGUAGAAUAGGUUGCACAGAUAUGUUGUGCAGUCUUCUUCCUUGGAGUCUUCAAGAUCACCCUGGGUCAAGCCCAGAGCAACCUGGUCUGACCUCAUAGCUGACCCUGUUCUGAGCAGGUGGUUGGACUAGAUGAAAUGCUGAGGUCCCUUCCAACCUGCAUUCUCCUAUAAUCCUAUGCAUGAUGAAAGUUUCUUUACUGACUUUGAGUUAUGGGAGUUAUGUUUGAGGAAUAUUCCAUAAAUCCCAGCACUAUUGAGUGUACCAUAUUUCAGCAACUGCCUAAAGUUCACCUACAUGUUGGUUUUGUUUGCUAGGCAGCUUCAAAUAAGGAAACGGUUGUUUUAUUUAAUGGUGGAGAAUUAGUCAGAAUGUGUGUGAACAUAUUCCUAGAACAUAACUUUCGUACGUAAUGAAGAGAAAGAGCAUCAAGGACACAAGUAAGCAUCACGUUUUAACAGCACUGCCUGAAUAGGAGUUUGCAGGUUAAAGACUGCUUCCUUCCUGCUGACUGACAGUUUAGGAUUAAUGUUUCUCCAAUUCAUAUCAUAUAAUCAUUGAAAGAUCAACAAACAAAUGAAAAAAAGAUGUAGUGAGAAGAUAUGUUCAGACUAAAGUCUUUAUUUAGAUUUGUGAUAGGAGACAAAAUUUCCUAAAUUAGUCCAAAGAUUUACUCCAUGAAUUGGAAUUGGCAGCAGAUUGGCAGAAGCUUGCUUUCUGGUAUAAUCAACAGAGAAUAAUAGGGUAAAUUGUCUGUAUUUUGAUGUAUAAGUAUUUAGCUGGACUUGCAGCUCAAAAUUAAUGAAAACUGACCAAAAAAUACUCUGAAGAUGCAGAAGAAUGUGCCAUGGAAAUUGUCUUUUUUGGUAGGGGAAGGUAGAUAGUUGCUACUAAAGGAGUUGUAAGCUUAUUACCACAAACCCUCUAGCACUAGCUUUUUUCCCCCUAACACUAACAGAGGGAAGGUAAUUUCACUCUCACUGAAAGUUUUGAAAAUGUGUUGUAAUUUUCACAGACGUUGAAAGUUGUGCAGGCUUAGGCAAGACUGGCCUAACUGUUGUACUGUAUUGGCUUUGCAUGGCAAGGUUUUGGUAGCGGGGGGGGUUACGGGGGUGGCUUCUGUAAGAAGCUGCUGGAAGCUUCCCCUGUGUCCGACAGAGCCCAUACCAGCCGGCUCUAAGACAGACCCACCGCCGGCCAAGGCCGAGCCAAUCAGCGAUAAUGGUAACGCCUCUGUGAUAACAUAUUUAAGAAGGAAAAAAAAGUUGCUGGAACAGACAGAAAUGGCAGCCGGAGAGAGGAGUGAGAAUACGUAAGAGAAACAACCCUGCAGACCCCCAGGUCAGUGCAGAAGGAGGGGGAGGAGAUGCUCCAGGCGCCGGAGCAGAGAUUCCCCUGCAGCCCGUGGUGAAGACCAUGGUGAGGCAGGCUGUCCCCCUGCAGUCCAUGGAGGUCCACGGUGGAGCAGAUCUCCACCUGCAGCCCAGGGAGGACCCCACACUGGAGCAGGUGGGUUCCCGAAGGAGGCUGUGACCCCGUGGGAACCCCGCGCUGGAGCAGGCUCCUGGCAGGACCUGCGGAUCUGUGGAGAGAGGAGCCCACGGAGCAGGUUUUCUGGCAGGACUUGUGACCCCGUGGGGGACCCACGCUGGAGUAGUGUGCUCCUGAAGGACUGCACGCCGUGGAAAGGACCCACGCUGGAGCAGUUUGUGAAGAACUGCAGCCCGUGGGAAGGACGCACGUUGGAGAAGUUCGUGGAGGACUGUCUCCUGUGGGAGGGACCCCACGCUGGAGCAGGGGAAGAGUGUGAUGAGUCCUCCCCCUGAGGAGGAUGAAGCAGCCGAAAUAACGUGUGAUGAACUGACUGUAAACCCCAUUCCCUGUCCCCCUGUGCCGCUGUGGGGGGGUAGGUAGAGAAUCCGGGAGUGAAGUUGUGCCUGGGAAGAAGUGAGGGGUGGAGGGAAGGUGUUCUGAGACUCGGUUUUAUUUCUCAUUACCCUACUCUGGUUGAUUGGUAAUAAAUUGAGUUAAUUUUCCCCAA